UUGCUGAGAAGUGUAAGUUAGCUUGUCAGACAUGAGUCAGUUCUUGGGUCGUCAGGACUGCAUCGAGAGCCUCCGAAGAGACGUGGUCGACCUUCAAGGUGCGAUUCUGGACGUGUUUUCCAGAACCGGACCGGUCCACUUCUCCUCCUGGAAGUACCCGGAUAAACUGUCCUGUAAUCUGGACAUGGGGGCUCUGCUGGAGGAGUACGACUUUGUGGAUGGAGAGGACGCCUUCAAUCAGCACUCCCACAUUGUGUUAUUGGAGCUGGUGAUUGACAGACUACUGCUUCUUCUACAAAGCUUCAGUGCUUAUGUUGAGCAAAUGAGGUGCAGCCACAGGAGAGAACAAACCCAGCAGAAAGGAUGCCUGUCAGUCGGUCUUGUAGUCAGAAGCUAUUGGAGUAAUUUAGUUCAAUUUGCCAACAUUAAGGGAUCCUACAAUGACAUUAAGAAACAGACAAAAGCAAAGACAUCUGACUGUAAUGGGACAGAGACGGUGUCAUCGGUCUCCCCCCAAAUGAGCACAAGCGGAAGUUGCUUUUCUGCGUGGUCCUCAACAAGCUCCUUAAUGUUUUUGCCACAGAAUCAUCAUCACAACACCCCAUGCCAUCCUAAAGUUGACAACCACAAUGUAAGCUGCCAGACCAUUGAAUCAUCCCUUGUCCCCUGCAAUACAUGCCACCAAGUGCAAUCCACUUUGAUAAAAACAGGACACGCUUUGGUGGAAUUGCUGCAGAGCGAGAGCCUGCCCUCAUCUCUGCAGCCACUCUUAGAAGCUGUGGAGGACACCUUGGAGCCGGGACAUAUGACGGCAGGCGAUGUUGCCCAGUGGGCCAGUGAGCAACUCAGAGACAUGCGCCGGCUGGCAAAACAUCUUCAGGAUGUGCGGGGUACUGUGCAGCCUCUUAAGGAUAGACUAGCGGCGGCAGAAGCAGAGCGGGAGAGGUUCAGGUCUCAGCUGGAAAGAACACAGAAAGAGUUCAAGGAAAAGGUGGAGAAACACCAAGUGAACAUAGUCCAGCUGGAGUUUUCACUGAGUAAAGCAAAGAGAUCAGAGAAAGAAACAGAGCAAAGGCUACAAGAGGAACAACGACAACUCAAGAGAGAAACAUUGUGCUUGGAGGAGAGUAAUUCCAGACUGAAAGAGAAAGUAGCAGUACAGCAGGAUGCAUUAGAAGCACUUGAACGUGAAGCCAAUGUGCUGCAGGAGAAAGUGAGGACCUUGCACACAGAGGAAGAGGCCUGUUGUAAACUACAGCAAAGGAUCCAGCAGUUAGAGAGUCAGAUCUCCGAAACUCAACUCCGUCUUGAAAAAGAAAACGCCAAGUACCACAGCGCUUGUCGUCAGCAAGAGUCAAUGCAGGCAAAGCAGAAGUCUUUGUUAGAGAGAGUCGACGCUCUCGACGAAGAGUGUGAAGAGCUGCAGGGGCAGCUGGGAGAGAGCGAGGAGAGACAGAUCGACCUUCACAAUGAGCUGCAACAGAUGUCAGAGGAAAAAGAGCAGAUGCAGGCUCAGCUCUCUCAGCAGCAGGACCUGUGUCUGGGGCUCCAAAAGGAGAAGCAGACACAGGAAACACACAUAGGCGAGCUGAAGAGCAGCGUGACUGAGCUGAAGGAAUACGUCCAUGCUUUAAGGGAGAGGGAGAGGCUGUUGGUGGCGUUCCCAGAGCUCAGCCCUCUGGUUCAGGCCCAACCACAGAGUACAGGAAAUGUGCUUUUGGAUAUGGAGCGACAAUUGCAGGCAAAUAACAUUCGUAUGAAAGUUCUGGAGCAGGAAAACACUACCCUGUACGCCAGCCUUGUGAAACUGAGGGAAAGAGCACAAAACAAUGCCACCAGGGAAGCCUCACCUCAGCAGACAUGGAGCCUCUCUCUGCCCGGCACACCAGUAGAAAAGCAACAGAAUAACCUGGCACAAAUGCAAAGGAGUCCAUUGCAGAGCAGCAGUGCGACUGGGCUGGGAUACAUUAACAGAGGGAGGGAAGUAAAGCGAGGGGAAAGUGGUCUGGAGUCAGCCGGGUCAGAGGAUCGUGUGUCCACUGCCUCCGCCUCCCCCGCCUCCCCCUCGUCCCUACAACUCCAUCUUCAAACCCUCCACCUCAACACUGCCGCUAAAAGCCACACAAAAACCCGCAGUGGUUUUCUCCUCUCUCACUCCAGAGGCUCGAAUCAGAGGAAAAAAACGAAACCCUGAAUGCGUAAAUGCACUCAAACAGAAGACACUCUUGCAGUUGGAGAGAGAAAGAACAUAGCUCUGUUUAAGGAUAUUCGGCAACAACCACACGACUCAUAAAAGGCACAAUCCCUACAUUAUGUAAUAAUGUCUUAUUGUACAUUAUAGCACACUAACACUAAUGCUUUUGUACUUUUACAUUGUCACUGCCUCCACUUAUGACAGUGGAUUACCGCUGUCAUUUAUUCAACAUAACAUUUCUCAUUAUGUUACGUUGAAUAUAUAUAUAAUAAACUGAUAUAUAUAUA